AUGCCUCGCAAGAUGAAGAACAAGGCCGUCGUGCCUGCCGAAGAGCCCCCAACCAAGCGUACAAAGCUCUUCGACGAAGAUGCUGUCUCUGAUGACGAAGCUGUCAAUCUCACCAUCAACGAGGAAUUUGCUAAACGCUUCGAGCACAAUAAGAAGCGCGAGGAGAAGCAAAGACUCGAGGAAAAGUACAAGGACGAAGACUCUGAAGAAGACUCAUCUACCGACGAGGAUGAAGAUGACGCCGCCGAACUAGCCACUGCUGAUCUGGACAACGAAAUAUUUGCUACCCUCAAUGCCAUCAAGAAGAAGGACCCGCGAGUUUACGACCCCAACAUUACUUUCUACACUCCAUUCGAUGCCGACCAACAGACCGAUCCCGCUUCCAACAAGGAGAAGCCUCUGUACUUGGCCGACUACCAUCGUCAAAAUCUUUUGAAUGGCAAUGCCGAGGUUGAUGAGGAGGAAGAUGCCCCACCACAGACAUAUGCUCAAGAGCAACAAGCCCUCAAAGACGACCUGAUCAACCAAAUGCACGCUACUGCCGAUGAUCAAGGCGAUGAUGAGGACGACUUCCUCGUGAGAAAGCCUGGCCAGGCUCCUGCUACUGGUAACAGCCGCCCCCAGAUUACCGAACGCGAUAUACAGGUUGCCGACAAGGAUCCCGAGACCUUCCUUUCCAACUUCAUGCAAUCCCGUGCAUGGGUUCCUGAUGAAAAGUCACGCUUUGAUGCAUUCGAUUCUGACGAUUCCGAGGACGAAAGACGUGCCGAGAUGUUCGAGGAGGCUUACAACAUGCGUUUCGAGGACCCCACCAAGUCCAACGAGAAACUCAUGACUUUCUCUCGUGAUGUCGCCAAGUUAAGUGCUCGUAGAGAAGAGAAGAGUGGCAGAAAGAAGCAGCGUGAGAAGGAGCGCGAAAAGAAGGAUUCAGAGAAGCGCGAACGCACAGAAGAAAAGGCCAGACUGAGGAAGCUCAAGAUCGAUGAGGUUGAAGAGAAGGUCAAGAAGAUCAAGGAGGCUGCUGGUCUCAAGAACCAGGCACUUGACCUUGCCGAGUGGAAGCAAGUGCUGGAUGAAGACUUUGACGACGAUCAAUGGGAGCAAGAAAUGACGCGUCGCUUUGGCGACAAUUACUACGCCGAUAAGGAAGCCAUUGAUGAGGAAGACGAGGAAGCAAAGAAGCCGCACAAGCCCAAGUGGGACGACGACAUUGACAUCAACGAUCUUGUGCCCGAAUUCGACGAGGAGGCCGAGGCAGCCAAGCUCAGAGGUGAAAUCGCUGGAUCGGAUGAAGAAGAGGAGGCAGGAGAGAAUGACGACGACAACAUUAUCGCUCCUGAUGGUGUCCAACGCAAGACCAAGAAGGAUAGACUCAAGGAGGCUGCAGAUAAGCGUCGUGUGGCCCGCAAGGAACGCAUGGCCAUCGAAGAACUCGUAGACGCAGACUUGACUGGCGAUCUUCCUACUUCGACAAAGACUGCUGGAUUCCGUUACCGCGAGACCUCACCAACUUCAUUCGGCUUGACGGCCCGAGAUAUUCUCUUUGCCGACGACAAUGCACUGAACGAGUAUGCCGGCCUCAAGAAAUUGGCUACAUGGCGUGACGAGGACAAGAAGAAGAAGGAUAAGAAGAAGCUCGGUAAGAAGGCCCGUCUACGACAAUGGCGCAAGGAGACCUUUGGCAACGAAGAAGGUUUCACUGGUGGCUUCAAGGAGUUUUUGGGUGAAGAAGCGCUUGCACAGGGCAAUGAAGACGCUCAAGGUGGAAGCAGAAAGAGAAGAGGAAAGAAGCGCAAGGCUGAAGCUUGA